CUGGUGCAGGUGGAGGCGGCCAUGGCGGAGUUCCGGGCGCUGGGGCUGUCGCCGUGGCUGGCGGAGCAGGCGCGGCAGGUGGGGCUGAGCCGGCCCACGCCCGUGCAGGCCGCCUGCAUCCCCCCCGUGCUGCAGGGCCGCGACUGCCUGGGCUGCGCCAAGACGGGCAGCGGGAAGACGGCGGCCUUCGUGCUGCCGGUGCUGCAGGUGCUCUCCGAGGAUCCCUACGGCAUCUUCUGCCUGGUGCUGACGCCCACCAGGGAGCUGGCCUACCAGAUCGCCGAGCAGUUCCGUGUCCUGGGGAAGCCCCUCGGCCUGAAGGACUGCGUGGUGGUGGGCGGCCUGGACAUGGUGGAGCAGGCGCUGGAGCUCUCCCGGAAACCCCACGUGGUCAUCGCGACGCCCGGCCGGCUGGCAGAUCACCUCCGCAGCUCCAACACUUUCAGCCUCAAAAAAAUAAAGUUCUUGGUUUUGGAUGAAGCUGACCGGCUGUUGGAGCAGGGCUGUGCUGACUUCACCCCGGACCUGGAGGUGAUUUUGGAUGCUCUCCCAGCACGCAGACAGACCUUGCUGUUCAGUGCCACGCUGACCGACACGCUGAAGGAGCUGCAGGGCCUGGCUGCCAACAGACCCUUCUUCUGGGAGGCUGAAUCCCAGGUGCGGACGGUGGAGGAACUGGACCAGCGCUACUUGCUCGUACCUGAAGCCAUCAAGGAUGCUUACCUUGUCCAUCUCAUCCAGACCUUCCAGGACGAGCACGACGACUGGUCUAUCAUUAUCUUCACCAAAACCUGCAAGGACUGUCAGGUCUUGAACAUGAUGCUGAGGAAAUACAACUUCCCUUCUGUAGCUCUGCAUUCCAUGAUGAAACAGCGACAACGAUUUGCAGCUUUAGCAAAGUUCAAGUCCAGCAUCUUUAAGAUUCUCAUUGCCACGGAUGUUGCUGCCAGAGGUUUGGACAUUCCUACAGUACAAGUUGUCAUCAAUCACAACACUCCUGGCCUGCCAAAAAUCUACAUUCACCGGGUUGGCCGGACGGCCCGGGCGGGUCGGAAAGGGAUCGCGAUUACCCUGGUGACACAGUACGACAUCCACCUCGUCCACGCUAUCGAGGAGGAAAUCAAGCUGAAGCUGCAGGAGUUCUCCGUGGAGGAGCAGUUGGUGCUUAACAUUGUCACCCAAGUGAACGUCACCAGGAGGCAAUGUGAAAUUGAACUGGAGGGAACGGAUUUUGACGAGAAGAAAGAAAUAAAUAAGCGGAAACAAAUGAUCCUUGAAGGGAAGGAUCCGGAUCUGGAGGCAAAAAGGAAAGCAGAGCUGGCCAAGAUCAGGAAGAAAAACAAGGAAUGCCGUGAGAAGGUCCAGCAGACGCUGCAGAAGAAAAAGCAGCUGCAGCUGAAGAGGAAACUGCAGAAGAAGAUGGAGCGACGGAACAAGGCGCGAGCUGCGGAGGAGAAAUAACAUCCCUCGGCUCAGACUGCCCUGAUGCUGCUGCUGGUUUGGGAAUUCCGGGAUCUAACGCGGUUUAAUGUGGACAUUUCUGACCUGAAAUCGGGGUUGGAGAGUACGGGGAGGUGGGGAAGGGGGGAAAGGACACUUUUGAACUGUCUCUGUUGUUUUUCCCUCCUGCACAGCGCUGCCGGCUUGAGCCGUUCUCCACAGGCUGGAGAUGUCUCUGGAAAAAUGUCUCUCAAGAGCACAUUUCCUUCCUCCAGCCAAGGAGAGGCCAGACCUGAAUCCUUGGUGAUGUGAAGGGAAAUAAAGAUUCCCCUCUCUUUUCUGCCUCCCUUCAGUCAUGGCUCCGUCCCUUUCGAGGGCUGGUGCUCGCCACUCGCCUCUUUAAUGUAUCAACAGAUUCUCCCCCUGAGCCAGAGUCUAAAAAUACUGUGACAAAAUGAGCUCAGCCCCAAUCUGUGCCGUGGCCCGGAGUUUUCCGAGAGGAAAAUUCCUGAAACACGUGGGGAGGUUGUAUUGUGUGCCUGGUCCUGGGGUCUUCUGGGGAUAAUCCUGUUUUAUACACGUAAGUGAUGCUCCUGCCUGUGAUUCUCUGCCUGGGUUUAGACUCUGGCCCUGGGCUGCUGCCCAUGGGGAUCUCAGAGUCAUGUUUUGGAGGACGGGGGCUGUUUGGGACUCUGUUUUUCUGGUUGAUUGCUCAGUUCAAAGAGUCUUUCAGGCACAGAAGAAACCCCAGGAGAAGGAUUGCCUUGUUUCUUGUACCACGUGAGAGUAACCAGAGCGGAUUGUAUUUGGGUCUGCUCUGUAGGUUUUUGGGCCUCCCCGUGCAGAUUUGUAUCAUGUAUGUUUGGAACAGGUUCUGCUGGAGGGGGCUGAGCCUCCCCUGAGAACCAGUUGUGUUUCCCUGGGGAGACAGAACUUAAAUUCCCCGAGUGGCUGAGGCCAGAGUUUGGCCAGCUCCGUUCUGGUGUCGGGAUGGAUCCUCAGUGCCUUCUCUAACGGUCAGAGCUCUCUCUGACGCUGUUAUUUCUGCCCUCUGGCUUACAAAAAUAGGAGGUUUUUUUUAUGGUCAGCGCCCAAAUAAAUAUUUAUUGCAACAAGUGA